CAACUUUCCCAAUCCCUUUCUCUCUCUAGAAAACCUUACUAUUUGCUACCUCGUACUGUUUUUUUUUACAACUUUUACACAAAAAUGAUGAACCAAGAUUUGGGUCUCAGUCUAAGCUUAAGUUUCCCAUCCGACAAUCGCGAUCUCCUUCAAUUGAAUCUAUUCAAUUCAAAUGAUCAACCUUCUAAUUAUCGGAGGGAAACUUUGUCGUUCUUGAAGGGUAUUGACGUUAAUCGUUCUCCGGCGACGGCGGUUGUGGAGUGUGAAGAAGAAGGUGGCGUUUCAUCUCCGAAUAGUACGAUUUCUAGCGUUAGUGGGAAGAGGAGUAGUAGCGAUUUGAUGGGCGAUGGUCAGGACGCAGAAAGAGAUUCAUCGAGAGGAAAUAGUGAUGAAGAAGAUGGUGAUGGGUCUAGGAAGAAACUUCGUCUUUCUAAGGAUCAAUCUGUUAUACUUGAAGAAAGUUUUAAAGAACAUAAUACUUUGAAUCCUAAGCAAAAACUAGCCUUGGCUAAACGAUUAAGUCUGAGGCCUCGUCAAGUAGAAGUGUGGUUCCAAAAUAGAAGAGCAAGAACAAAAUUGAAGCAAACAGAGGUUGAUUGCGAAUUCUUAAAGAGAUGUUGCGAUAAUCUUACAGAAGAAAAUAGGAGGUUACAAAAAGAAGUACAAGAACUUAGAGCUUUAAAAAUGUCGCCGCAAUUUUACAUGCAAAUGGCUCCUCCGACCACCCUUACAUUAUGUCCUUCAUGCGACAUAGGUUGCGCCGCCUCCUCUACCGCUUCUGUGGAUCCUCGGUCGCAGAAUCGAGCAAUUGCGUUUAAUCCUUGGUCGAAUGUUAACACUUCUCAAAGGACAUUUGAUGUGCUACGUCCUAAUUGAUCUUAAUGCAUGCAAUUUUAAGAAAGGAGAUUUGGGUCAUGAUUUGUUUUAAUUUAAUGAUCCUUGUUUAAAUCUUAAUAUUGUCUAAAAUGACAUAUUGUAGGUUAGUGUUAUAUUGAUAGUUACUAUUCCCUAAUUUGUUGAUCUUUAAGGAGGAGAAAAUAUUUAAAAAAGAAAAAAGAAAAAUAGGGAUGGGUAGUAAUUUAAGGUUUGGAUGUGAUGUAAUCUUGUAAAGAGAUCUAUAUAAUUAUUAUUUGAUUAAUUAAAAAUCUUA